AUGGCAAGCGAAAUUCAAAAAAUUUGCCAAUUACCUUUGUCAAAAAUUGGCGAUUUAUGCGUUGCCGAAGAAAUGUUCAAGAAUGCUGAUUAUGUCAGCUUCUUGUUAAUAAUUUUCAUUACGAAUUCGGUUGCUGGUGGCCCAGUGGGAAUGGUGGCUGGGUUCGUGUGGGAUAAGUUUUUUACCCCAAGCUUAUCCAGCCUCAUUGCCUGGGCCAGCAUUGAUGAAUGCAGGGAAGAUGGCUUCAAAGAGUUUGGUAGGAAAGAUGGGGAGAAGAAGAAAUUGCUGUUGUUUAAAUCACGUUUUCCGAGAUUGACCCAAAUGAUUUACCACAUCAUUCGGCGACGUGCAAUGCUGAGUGAAAAGAAACCACUGUCAACAUUCAAAAUGAAUAAAGAAAUUAAGAAAGCUAGGGCUGUCAGCGUCAGAAGAUAUACUACUGGAAUGUAUAUUACGGACUUUCAAGACUCCUCUUCAGCGUAUCCCGGCAGAUUGUGUUUGGCAAUGUUUUCUGAAGAUAUAGACCAGGGACCGGAAUUUAAUCAAGCAGAUUUCAAAGAAGAUCAGAAAGUCCGACGAAAUACGUGCUUCAUUUGCUCCAAUAGAAGUGCUAUUUGUCAAAACGAAGCUGAAGGAUCUGCUGGUAACAAAUUGGGCCGAACAAGUCGAAAUAAAUCGAAGAAAUCUUCUGCAGCUGCUAAGAAAAAGGCGAAGAAAUUCGUGAAGAAAAAUAAUACAGUAGAAAAAACUGCUGGUGGAAGUUGUAGACGACCAAAUCGAAGAGUCAAUGAGAAACCGAGGAGGGAGUUUUUGAAUUAUUGUUCGUUUGCUCAUCGCUUUCAACGUAUUGAAGAAAGUGCGAUUAAUAAUAUGUCUGAAGGAGUUUCAUUCUUGGAUUGUCUGGCGAUGACAAACCAAUUGAUUGAGAUAAGUCAUUUUUUAAUACUUUGUUAUUCUAUUUAAUAUGCAGCAGGCAAGAUCGAAGUGAUUAUAAAUGUUAUAUUUCUAAAAAUCCUCUAUUUCUUAAACUUUUCCUUUUUUUUUUGUGGGCGAAAUCUAAUUUUGAUAUAACUCAAAUUUGUAAUUCCUACUAACUGAUUACAAAAUUUGAUACACAUGCAGGCACGUUCCAUGUACCUACAAAUUUGAGCCUACCACGCGGAUGAUGACGAUAUUGGUGCGCCAGAAGACGAUUCACCUCCAGGUUGUGGCAAUAAACAAUCUGGUCAAAGUUCAACUAUUUCCAAGAAAAAGCGUCCACGAGCAUGUGAUGAUACUGACGAGAGUGAAACCGAAGGUGAUAACAUUGAUGCGAGCAAUAGCAGCAAUGACGAAGAAGAAAAGAGUGACGAAGGGACAGAAAGUGAUAAAGAUUCGGUGCUAUUCUUAGUUAGUCCAGUGCAAUUCUCAGAUAGCGAAGUUAGCGAAACUAGUGAAGAGGGCGUAGUUGAGGAAGUUCAGAAGAAGAAGUCGAAGAAGAGAAGAAGAAAGUGUUCGAAAAAGCUGCCAAAAAAGCUGCCAUGAAAGUUGGCAAAAAAGCGUAUAAACGUUUCAUGGAGAAAGACAGACAUUUUAGUUCUUGAACAUAUUUUCUAUUUUGAAGUUUAAGUGGUUUUGGUUAAAAAUGUUUUUUUCUUUCAGUUUAUUAUAUUAUCAGCUUGAAUAGUAUUUACACUAAUUGUUGCAGACUUCUAAGUCAUGUAAGUCUAUGUAAGUUUUGUUUUACAGCCAAUAACAUAAGAGUAGGAACCUUGUGUAAUAAAAUUCUUUUUGUAAUAUAUU